GCACCGCCACCACCAUGCCGUGCUGCAAUCUGCUCAGCCUGUGUCAGUACGACACCAACAAGCUGGUCCGGAUCCAGAGCGUCCGGCUCGGCUCUCUCAAGUGGAGUCUGAACGCAGCCAUUCUGCUGUUUAUCUGCAUCAUGAUGCUGUGGAACAGAAAGUACCAGGAGUUUGACCUGGUCGUGAGCUCCGUCACCACCAAGGUGAAGGGUGUAGCUCAGACCCGCCUGCCGGGAGUCGGGGACGUGGUCUGGGAUGUGGUGGACUACAGCGGGCCCUCGCAGGACAAAAACUCCUUCUUUGUGGUGACCAAUGUCAUUGUGACAAAAAAUCAGCAGCAGGGAAAAUGCCCAGAGGCUCCUCGUAAUGGCAGAUUGUGUCGGACUGAUAAGGACUGUGAGAAAGGAGCCUGGGACCAGCAGAGCCACGGGAUUCAGACGGGAUCGUGUGUGAAGUUUGACGUGUUGAAGAAGACCUGCGAGGUUUCCGCCUGGUGUCCGAUCGAAAGCAAGACGACCCCUCCGAGGCCUGCUCUGCUGGGAGCAGCGGAGAACUUCACAGUCCUCAUCAAAAACAACAUCCGAUUCCCUGCAUUCAACUUCUUCAGAAGGAACAUCCUCCCAAACAUGAACGACGCCUACCUGAGGAGCUGUCAGAGAGGAAACGACUCGCUGUGUCCCAUCUUCAGACUGGGAGACGUGGUUCGAGAGGCCGGGGAAAAGUUCUCUGUAAUGGCCGUCGAGGGUGGCGUCAUCGGCAUCCUGAUCAAAUGGGACUGUAACCUGGACCGGCUCAUGCAGCGCUGCCUGCCCAGAUACUCCUUCAGGCGGCUGGAUGAGAAGGAGAGCAACAGGACGCUGUACCCCGGCCUCAACUUCAGAUAUGCAAAGUACAACACAGUGAACGGAGUGGAGGAGCGAACGCUGUACAAAGCAUUCGGCAUCAGGUUUGACGUCAUGGUCUUUGGACAGGCGGGAAGAUUCAGCUUCAUUCAGCUCAUCAUCUACAUUGGAUCAACGCUGUCAUACUACGCUCUGACGACCGUGUUGCUCGACUGGCUGAUUGGAACCAGCUGUUACUCUGCAGAGGUCGGACAGAACUACUCCGAGAAGAAAGUGGAGCCGGUCCAGGACAAACAGAAGUGUGUCCUCUGUGUUUCCUACGUCGAUGAGAGCAACAUUCGACUGGUGAAGAGAUCGCUGAAAAAAAGUUUACAGGACGUCAAACCCAUGUCUGUUCAGCCACGUAAGGAGGACAGGGGACACCUGAGAGCCGCUCUCUGUCUGCUACAGCCCGGUGUCGCUGCCGAUCAGGACGCUCAGCCUCCUCUGGACCAUAGACCCGACCCAAAGCCCAAACCUCACCGUCCGGCCUGGUGCAGGUGUGACUGCUGCACUCCCUCCUCUCUCCCGCAAGAGGAGCUGUGCUGCAGGCAGAGCGACGGCGCCUGCAUCACCUCCUCCCCUCUGUUCGAACAGCUGGUGUUACGCCGCCCCCUGCUGGAGGCCGUCCUCCUGUACCGGCACCCUCUAUCUCCCCCUGCCGAUCGGGGCCAGACCACCGCCCUGCGUCACUGCGCCUACACACAGUACAUCAGCUGGAGAUUUGGAGACACAUCCGACGGCACCCACCCGGCCAUCCCCAGGUGCUGCGUGCAGAGAGUCAGGGAGGAGUACUCGAGUCCGGACGGACAGUACAGCGGCUUCAGGCCUGCCAGUAUGGUGUCCAUGGAGGCCUGCGCUAACGGAGAGCUGUGAGAGGAGGGUUUCCACAUUACAGAGCAGGGACUCCCCCGCUCACUGACCUGCUAACAGUGUUUUUAUGUUCGACCUUUCAAAGCCAAAAUAUGCAAUAACUUCACUCACCUGGGUGGAAAAUGAAGAGUCAGUCAGUUUUUGUCAGCUUGUGUUCAGUCGGAGGCAGGAUGAAAGGAUGAGUGGAUGAAAGGAUGAGUCAAUAAAUCUCUGCAUUGUCUAAGAUCAUCCGUCAAGUCAUUUGGCUGCUCAGUGUGAAGCUAUUUUUCUCUCUCUUUAAGCAGCUUUUGGCCUUUUUAUAGAGCAGAAAUAUCAUUUUUAACAUCACUGACAGAAGGAAUGUGCUCACAUCCGUCAUAUCAUAUGGAAACAUGAAGAGUUUAGUUCAGUAUGAGAUAGAAA